AUGUGUGGGUUCGUUCCUGGCCCGUGGUCGUCCUGCAGCGUAUCGUGUGGCGUCGGCCUGCAGAGGCGGCGCGUGAAAUGCCAAGUGUUCCUCUCGUUUACCCGAGCUGAGGUGGAGCUCCCGGAGGAGGAGUGUGGUGAGGAGAAACCCGCCCUCCGGAGGUCCUGCACCCUGCCACCCUGCCCGGGACCUCCGGAUCCGCUCCAGCGCCACAGGGAGGGUCCGAACGUCCCUGCACAGACGGGCUACGUCUGGGAGUACAGGGGCUUCACCGCCUGCUCCGCCUCCUGCGCUGUAGGUGAGCAGGACGCGGUUAUCCGGUGCGUGACGGCGGUGGGGUGGGGCCCGGUGGAGGACUCGCUCUGUGGCGACGCCCUCAAACCGCCUGCCAUGACGCGCAUGUGCAACCCUCAGCCCUGCCCGGCCAGGUGGGAAGCGGGCGUGUGGAACCCGUGCUCGGUGCCGUGUGGGGCGGGGCUGCAGACCCGGACCGUCUGGUGCGUGAGAGGCGCCGGGGCGAACCGGAGCGAGUCGGUGUCGAGUUCUGAGUGCGGAGGGAUCCGACCCGCCGAGGUCCGAGCCUGUAAUCAGGUGGAGUGUGGAGCGAGCUGGGAGACGGGCGAGUGGCUGGAGUGCUCCAGUUCAUGUGGAAGUGGAACGCAGUGGCGCAAGGUUUACUGUCGGCAGCGUCUGGCUACCGGAAGCUUCCGGCGCCGCGGGGACGACGAGUGUGAUGGAGUCAAACCUGAGACGCACCGACCGUGUGUCAGCACGCGCUGUCUGCAGCCACAACUGGUGGGCGGAGAGUGGUCCAAGUGCUCGGUGAGCUGUGGGAAGGGGAUCCAGCGCCGGGAGCCGGUGUGCAGGAGACAGACGGCGUCCGGUCAGCUGGUCACUCUGGACCGAUCGCUGUGUGUCGACCUUCAGCCGCCGCCCUUAAUCAGGAGCUGCAGGAUGAGCAGCUGCACCAGAAUACUUUUGGUCUCCUCCUGUUAUGAUAUUUUGUCAUGUUUACGUUCCUCUUUUUCCUUCCCUGCAGGACACAAGUUCUCCAAAAAGCGAUGCCCUCGAGUCCUGGGCCUGAGACGUAUCUACAUCCAGACCAGGCAGGAGAAGAGGCUGAGCUUCACCGUUGGGGGGCGAGCUUAUCUCCUCCCGAAAACCUCGGUGGUGGUCAAGUGUCCGGUGCGGCACUUCCCUAAAUCGCAGGUACGCUGGGAGAAGGACGGGGUGGAGCUUCAGAGCUCCGAACGUCUGAGCGUCACCAAAUCUGGUGCCUUGAGGAUCUACAGCCUGGACGCCGCAGACAUCGGUCAGUACCGCUGCUGGGCCAAUCAGGACUCAGACGUCUUCACCUUGAAGCUGAUUGGCCAUGAUAACAAGCUUCUGGAACGUCCGGAUAAACGGAGCUCCAAAACGUUCCUGGAGAAGCCGCCAGGUUUCGGGAUCUCCAAGUGCCAGGAUCAGGAGGACCAAGGGUUUAAGAAGAUCCAGAAAUCAAGUCCAGGCUGGUUCCAGAAGAACGAGCUUGAUCUGGAGGAGGAGGAACCGGUCGAUCUGGGGAACCACCUUCUAGCAUCCAGGACCGCUGCCGGCUUGGUGAUCACCGCUGACUCGGCUCGGUUUGAGGAACUCCUGAGGAACAUCAGCACGCUGGCGGAACGAGUAGACGUGACGGACGACCUGGCGUCCCAGCUCAUCACCAGGCUGAUGAAAGAGACAGCGGCGCACCAGGUCAAGGAACGUCCAGACGGAACCCCGAAUUCCUCGGAAGGAGCUCGUGUGAGAAGCAGAGCGACCAUCGUUCGUGACGGGUCUCUGGGAUCCACCAUGAGCUUCCAGAGGGACCUGAGGGUCGACGUGGGGAGCACCGCGUACGUCACCAACGCCACCCGAAGCCUGACACUUCUCUGUCCGGCUCGAGGAGACCCGACGCCCACGGUGUCCUGGAGCAAGGACGGACGUCCCCUACGAGACGGGGUAUCGUGGGAUAGCGGCGGAGCGCUGCGCGUGGUCGACCCUGGCACCGAAGACGCCGGGACCUACAGGUGCACAGCGAGUAAUGAAAUGGGGUCUGAUUCAGAAACCACGCGAGUGCUGUGGACCGAACCUCCUUCCAUCGCCGCCUCCCGGACGAACGUUUCCCAUCUUCGCGGCGACAGCUUGAACGUGGCGGUAGGGGGGAGGGUACGAACCCGCGUGGGCGCCAACGUCACCCUGGACUGUCUGGUAACAGGCGUACCUCAGCCCAGUGUGAGCUGGCACCGCGUGGAGGGCGAGUCGAACCCCAACGUGAUUCGGCUAACGAACGGCUCCCUGCUGCUCUACAACCUGACGCUGCAGGACGACGGGACCUACGUCUGCACGGCGUCCAACGCCAUCGGCAAAUCAGCCGCCGCCACCGCCAUCCACGUGACCGAUCUCAGCGCUGCAGCCACCGAUGAGAAACACCACGCUCUCCCGGACCUGACCAGGAGACGAGUGGUGAUGGCCUCUCGUACCGGGAGCGUGAUCUCCGUCAGACCCGGAGACGCCCUGAGGAUCGGCUGCCCGGUCGUACCGAGCCACAGGAAGCCGAUAAAAUGGACCUACGAGAACCGGACCCUGGAGCAGAUCCCGGGCGCACAUCACCGCACCCUCGCUGCUGGCCGCAUCCUGGAGGUGAGCGCCCCGGGCGCCGGGUUCGAGGGGCGCUUCUCGUGCCAGACGCUGGCCGAUAAUCGGCUGAUCUCCGCCUGGAUCCACGUCCUCUCGCAAGAUUUGGAGUGGCGUUUAGCUGAAUGGAGUGUGUGUAGCGCCUCCUGUGGGAGCGGAGGAUCUCAGAGCAGGAGAGUUCACUGCACCGCUGCCAGCGGGCGCGAGAUGCCCGCUUCAUCCUGCCGGAACCUUCCCAGACCGUCCACCCUGACACGACCGUGUAACCUCCACGACUGCCCUCCCAGCUGGGUUUCCACCGUGUGGUCCGAAUGCUCGGCGUCGUGUGGCGGCGGGUUCAGGCGGCGGCGGGUGUGGUGCCAGCUCCUGGAGGCGGGCGGGAGCGUUCGGGUUCUACCGGACUCGGCGUGUGAGGGAGCGGCUCGUCCUGAGCACAGAGAACCUUGUGUGGCAGAUCCCUGCGCCGAGUGGAUCACCGGAUCCUGGGGUCAGUGUUUCGGGCGGUGUCUCGGCCCCGCAGUGGCCACUCAGAGGCGGGCGGUGACGUGCAGGAACCUGAACGGUUCCGACUCCAACGCCACCUGUGAUCUUGAGGAACGGCCGCCCUCCGUGAGGAACUGCACGGCAGAGAUGUGUGACGUCCACUGGAGGGCGUCGCCCUGGCGAACCUGCACGGCAACCUGCGGAAACGGUUUCCAGUCUCGCAGGGUGGAGUGCGUUCAUCGCCGUAACAACAAGACGCUACCGGACCUGCGCUGUUCCUGGCAGCACCGCCCGGCGUCCUGGCAACACUGCAGCAUCACUUCCUGUGGCAACGAGUGUAAGGAUACGACGCGGUACUGCGCGGCGGUGAGGCGGCUCGGACUCUGUUCCGUCGAGCCGUACACGCGCCGGUGCUGCCAGUCCUGUUCUAAAGAUUCGGACUCCACCUAGCUCGCCUGUCGGCCGGGAGCGCGCUCAACACGGACACGCCGUUCCUACACUGAUGUACAUGCUAUAUAUAUAUAUAUAUAUAUAUAUCAGACCACCGGGGGGCGCCAGAUUCACCCAGAAACUCACUCGACACCUCGUCGGCCGUUAAUCUGUUUUGCUAUGACAGAGCGGAGAUAAGCUCACUCAGUAUCACUCACAAGCCACUACAGCGCCCCCUAGAUGUAGCUAGCACUGUUUACCGCUUACCUACCGUGUUGAGAACAUUCCCAGUCAUUUACUCUCCGACUUCAGAACGCGGUUCACGCGUCUGAUCAGCACCUGAGGAAGGAACCGCGGGGGGUCCUCACAACGCUCGACCUGACAACACCGGAGAGGCAAAAAGUGCCGUUUUGGGGACCGAUUCAGUAACUGCACUGUGUGUGUGUGUUUGGACGUUAAUGUGGACUGAAGGGAAGUAUGUUUUAUUUUUAAUGCACCGCUGAGCGAUGAGAAGCUGCACAGCGCCCCCUUCUGUGUUUUUAAUUUAUACCAAAUGUGUUCAUUUUUAUUAUUAUGGGGACUUGAAGCGGAUCAUGUUGGACCGUUCACGUGUGUGAAGGGAAGCUGAAGCGGGUACGGAUGAAGACUUCGUACGGACUCUAUAACCACACGCAAAAAGUUAGCACAACGUUUUCUUUUAAGCGUAGCACGUUUGCUCGGCACCGCUGUAAUCGUCUGGCCGUGUCUGGCGGUCUGAAGCCUGGAUGGGGAAUAGCGUCCUCUAAUGUCUGGUGUGCCAGCCUGAGGCCCUCUGUGUCCGGCGCGGGUGUCAUGCAGCCAGCAGGGGUCACCGGACUGCACAGGGGAAUUAAGUACGUCCAAACUGGGACGGUGCAAACAAGGGAAAGAAUUAAUAAAAUAAAUAAAAAUAAAUCAAAUAAAAUAAAGAAGCUGUUUUUUAAA